CCACACAUUCAACCACGAUCGUCGGGGAAGGCCAAAUACAAAUUGGGAAUUGGAGCAUGCACAAUGGUUGCCAUUUUGGCACCAACGACUUCGAUACGUUAUUAAUGCACCGGUCAAUCAUGAAUCACUUUGGUACGAUGACCCCUACCUUGUUUGGUUCAGACGCAUUACUCGUCUUGUUAUUGGUAAUCGUACUUCGCGUCCUCAGCGGCAACAAGGUUAUGUGCCUAAUGCAACGGCUUAUGAAGCAAUGGUGCGUUAUAUUCAUUCAGUGGUUGAUAAAGCAAAAUCACUCGGUGAUCAGCCAUUAUUUGAGGAAUUUUAUAUGUUUCGUGCAAUGGUGCGGAGUGAAGGUGAAAAGUGCUUGACAUAUGUGCACGAGGCUGAUAGAAUUCAUUUACAAGCCGAUUAUAAAAAAGAUGGAGUACAUGCUGACCAUAUACGUCCCUCUGUUCGUAGGCGAGGAAAAGGUGGUGUUGCUGGUAGGAGGGAACGUGCUAUUAAGAGAGGUCAAGUGUCUAUCGAAAUGGAUGAAAUGCAUCAGGAAGAUGUCCAAGCAGUCCCGGAAGAUGAUCCAGCAACAACAAAUUGUAAUAUUAGUUCCACUUCAAGAGGCGACACUCACGAAUUCACUCAGGCAUCAGCUAUGACAUAUCAACCAACAACUACUCAAAUUGUGCCAUACAUGACGCCACAAACUCCACAAUAUUCAAGAGAUCCAAGUUUUUCGUCUUUUGAGAAUAUAUUUGUUGAGAAUGGUCCUGUUUUUAACUCAUCGCCUGUGCAAAUGUCCAUCGAUAUCCCUGAGGCCACUAAUAGAGAUGAUGGACAGGACUGUAAUAUUGAGAUACAAGGUAAUGAGUUGGAUGAUUCCAACGAUGAAGUGGAUGGUGAACCAUCAAUGAGGCAGAAGCGUAAAAUUAUUCGUAAGCGUUGUGCGACCGGGAGUCACUUUCUUGAUCAGCAUGGUAGGAUUAAAAAGCAGCGCGGUAGAGGUAAAAAGCAGCAAGGUAGAAGCAAAAAUAAAUGAAUGCAUCACUAUAGUUUGGCUUGUAAGUAAGAUGAAGGCACAUAAUCUCGCUGAUCUAGUUUAGUAGGAAUGAUCUCCUUUUUUUUUUUUUGCUAACUGUAAGUAAGAUGAAGGCACGGUUGGUGUAUUAUUUUUUUUUUUGCUUUUUGUAUUCAGCUACGUUUUCUAUGCUAUGGUGCAAAGAAGUUUUAAUUGGAAGUCAUGAUUGUAUUUGGUUUUUGCUAGCAAGUACUAUAAGUUUUAAUUGGAAGUCAUGUAUUAGCUAUGGUUUUUGCUAGCAAGUCAUCAGCAGUUUAGUAGGAAUGAUUUUUUUUUUUUUGGCUCACUGCUGGUGUUGUUUUGAAGCUGGAAAAGAAACAGUUAUGGUGUAUUAGUCUUUUUUUGCUUUUUGUAUUCAGCUAUGGUGUAAAGA